AUGUCUACUGACUCCAACUUCAAGCGCUUCGUCGAGGUCGGCCGUGUCGUGCUCCUCAAAUCCGGUCCCUUCUCUGGCAAAAUCGCCGUCAUUGCGGAAAUCAUUGACCAUAACCGCGCCAUUAUCGAUGGCCCCACAACUGGCGUAACACGGCAAUCCUUCCCCUACAAACAUCUGACCCUCACGCCUCUUUCGUUAACCAAACUGCCUCGGGGUGCUGGUUCUGGGGUGAUUAAAAAGCAACUAGAGAAGGAGGCUGUUGUGGAGAAGUGGGACAAGUCGAGUUGGGCUCAGAAACGUGCUGCACAAGACAAGCGCCGUUCGCUCAACGACUUUGAGCGCUUUGGUGUGAUGCUGGCCAAGAAGGCGCGGAGGGAUCUCGUUCGCAAAACCAUUCACAAAGCCAAGUCGACGUGA